AUGGCAGAUAGGCCUUACACCAGUCAGGUAUUGGAGCUUGUCCUUUUAAUACUAGCAAUAGUGGGUUUCACUGCCAAUCUCCUAACACUCCUGUAUAAAGUAUCACGUGAAUUUUCUCUCCCCAAACUCUGGAAAUACGCUCUUCUCACUACCGACAUAGCUCAUCUAUUGGUAGCAGUUGGAUUAAUUUUAUUUUUUGUCUUCCAAGAAAGUGGUGUAAGUGGAGUUUGUUCAGCAGCAGGAUUUUUUGUACAGUUUGGGAUAUUUGAUUGUGUUUGUGGCUACCUAACAGCAGGCAUUAUAUUACUGGGGAUAUACAACCCUGGAAAAUCUUCACAGAUCUCUUCCUUCCAUCGCAAUGUGUUUCUGGUUGUGAUCAUCCCACAGAAGAUUAUCUCCAUCCUCCUGUCUGUCCUACCAGUGGUUCCUAUUGAAUUCUUCACUACAGUUGCCUCACAUACUGUCACCUGCUUUAAGAUCAGCAAGCCAGGGGACACUGGCGAUAAGUUUGGCAUCCUCAUAUUCUUUAUACUAUGGAUUGCAUUAUGUCUUGCGACAGUAACAUUUGUGAUAAGUGCGGUUAAGAACUGGAAAGGUUUUAACAACCGAAUUCACUCUGCCUCACCUAAUGUUUGGCAGACUCAAUUGUUACAACAUGGCAAGACGCUGCUAAAGUUUCUCCUGUUUGAGAACGGAGUGUGGCUGGUGGAGCUGGUCAUUGUCACAUCUGUGGUGUACACUGGUGGGGAGGAUGACCAGUCUUCGACCUGGACCUUGUACAUAACACUUGGUGUUGUGACCAUCAUUCACUGGGUUGUGUCUAUAGUACAGUGUGCCAUGUGGACUUCAUGUUGCUGCAAGUCAUCAACUGCUGUGGAGGAGACACACCGCAAACUAAAGCGAUUAGACCUCAUCAAGAUAGAGGCUCCAGGGAAGAUACGUCUGCGAGUAUUAUGGAACGUCUCCAAAGGAACUGUGAAGCGUGGUUUGAUGAAAGUUUAUGGACCGAGACAUGUGAAAACAUGGGCACAGGAAAUUGUGGUCCUGGGCAUGCUCAGAAAGGCUCAGCACCCCAGUCUGCUCCAGUGUCUGUGGACAAGCAGCUCCAACCCAUAUUACGAAACAAUGACCUUGAUAACUGGCGAGGUCAUCACCAGUGACUCCAGAAUCAUUUGUCUGGAGCUGACCAAUAAUGGGACACUACAGGACUUUCUGUACCGACUGGACACUGCCUUACCAGAGACCUGUCAGAGGAUGAUUGUACAUGACAUUGCUGAGGGACUCAUGUGUCUACAUGAGCAGAAUAUUCUCCAUGGCAACCUCUCAACAGCCUGUGUCUACCUUAAGGGCUCCCUCCCAAGCAUGGUGAUGAGGGCAGCCAUUGGAGACUUUGAGGAUUCACAGAUAUUUGGUUCUAUCCACCAAAAUAGCGAUACUGUCACUCUUGCAGAUAAGAGACACUUUUUCUUACCUGACAUUCGUUCAUUUGCUCUGGUGGCUCUGGAAGUUGUAUCAAAGAUGUGUGAAAAGCGUUUCCUUAGCAUGCAGUACCAGUGGAAUAAGCAAGGGACCACAGACACCUAUAGUGUGGCCAAUCAGGGUACUGCUUACAACCCUGCUGUUCAAGGCUCAGCCAAUCAGAGCAUUGCUUACAGCUCCACUGUUCAGGGCUCAGUUAAUCAGGGUUACAUGGAAGUGUAUCAAAGUGAUUCUGAUGAGGAGGACAACUUGCUUUAUCGUGGCAGGCGACAACCUCCAGGUGUGCAGUCCCCUGGUGAAGUCAUAGAAGAAAUAGGUCGACGCAGUCGCAGCAUGUCACCAAGGAGUCGUCCCCAGUCUGCUCAGUCUAACAAGAGUCGGUCACGAACUUUGUCACCAGACAGAAAUCGUGGCAAGUUCCUCAACUCUGUUCAAACAAACUAUCCCAGUAGACUGGGUACGCCAGAUUCUAACAUCAUUUCCCCAGAGGAGGAGUAUCCAUGUUUUCCUAAAAACACAUCAGAUGGUAAAAUGUUCCAGGAACGCCCCUUAUCACCUGAGCAACCAUCAUCAGGCAAAAGGUCACCAGGACGACCAAGGACUCCUUCAAAGAAAUCUAAAAGUAAGGAUCAAGCAUUUGAAGCAUUUGCUUCUGAAGGUAAAAAGAGUAAGUUAAAAGGAUUGAAGAAAAUUGACAGUAAAAAAUGGCUUUCUAAGCCUGGUUCGUUAAUAAGGACACUGACGGGUGCAGAAACCAGUGUAUCUGUGUUCAAAUCUAAAGAAUUAAGAGACGAUGAUGCAGAGGAGAUAGAUGAUGAGGAAAUAGACUAUGGACCACUCAGAACAAGACCAGCAUUAAUGGCUCGCAAUGAUUCCUCAAACUCAAUCACAUUUGAGAAGGAUCGGUAUUUACAUCGCUCCUCAUCCAAACAAAGUGACCAAUGGAGUAUCCUUAGUGAUAUGGAUUAUGGCACAUCUCAUGGACUCCGUAAAACUGUGUCUACAGACUCACGUUCCUCCAUGUGGUCUAACUUACCCUUGCCUGUAGAGAUGAUUGACAUUGAAGGGGGUGGGGAGGGAGAUCACUUUGGAGAAAUGAUCAGUCAGUUACCAGGCAUGGCAGACUCUUUAGAUUAUCACCCUGCCUCCAACAGGCCUGGGGAUAACUGGAACCCAAAGUUUAAUGGCUCUUACAAGCCUGGGGGGUACUGGAGACAUGAUGGGCCUGGACCAUCACAGUUUGAACUAGUGGAUUACUAUGAUGAACUGCAAGGAAAAUAUGUUAAAAAGUUACAGCUGCGAGGAGGUGUUCAUCGAACGCUUUCUGGAUCCCAAAUCAUUGGCACGCCUGUCCAUCGAACUUACUCAGGUACACAGGUUUUACACAAAACCAGCUCUGGGCUUCAAGAGAUUCUGGAGCAGGCAGAGAGCAUGGAGGAAGAAGAGCAGCAACAGUCUAUCAACCAAAACACACCAUCCACCAUCGAUCAGCACACACCAUCAUCCAUUAACCAAAUCACAGCACCAUCCAUUAACCAAAACACAGCACCAUCCAUUAACCAAAACCAAACAUCAUCCAUCGACCAUAGUAUAUCUCAACCUGUGAAAAAGUUGAAGGCCAAGAUAUUAAAAGAUGAAAAAUCUGAAAAACUCUUGCGUUCAAAAUCUCUGGAAAGAGUAACUCCACAAAAGAAAGCACAAAUAUCAAAAGAAUUGUCCAAAAAUGAACAGAGACCAGUUGUAUCUGCUACUCCAGAGCCAAUUAUCAACCCUGAAAUCUCUGCUCACAGGAGAGCUCGUGCUAGAAAGGCUUUAAAAGGGGCCCUCAGUAAGAACACUAUGCCUCAUGUUUUUCCUCAACAACGUGAUUCUAAACGUGGACAAAAACGGGAAAUGGAAGUUAAAUAUGCAAAUGUGAAAAAACUGCAAACUCAGGGUAGCAAUUUUGACAAAAAUACAAAUAUGAAUAUUAAUAUGGACUGUGAAGCAGGAAAAGUAGAAUUAGAUGAGGGAGUAGAAUCUAGUGAGAAACAGAAAGAUUCUAAUAUAUCUCCCGAGACAUUGAGUGAUUCUUUUCCGACAACUAGGGAUGGACAUGACCUUGUCACUGGUAUUCGUAAAUAUCACAGCUUCAGUAGUAAUGAUAGUACAAGUAGCCUUGGCUCCAGUAUCCGCCUGAAGAAGGCUGAUGUGUCACUGACCAGUGGUGAGCUCACUUCUUUGUCAUCACAGGCAGAUCAUGACAUUGAUGAACAAACGGGGCGUGACCCAGACUUACCGUCUAAGGAAGUUCUCUUACGAAGGACUAUGCAAAACAAGGCCAAAGUGGUUGACAGUGGUUUUGACAGCGAGAGCAGUGAGGUUUCAUCAGAUGUGUAUCAUCAGCAUUACAAUUUCUCUUCAGAUGACUCUGCCUACCCUGAUCACAGGGACCGGCGAUUACCUAGGAAACCGUUCCGUAACGUGUUAAAGAAACCCAGUGAUACCAGUGAGUUACCAGUCUCUGAGAAAGCAUUUGUCAUUACUGGUUUCAGUACAGGAAGUACAACUGUACCAGAGACCUAUAACCCUGGUGAUGGAGAUAAUGUUGAAAUAGAAAUGGGCGUUGAUGACAGAGUUUCUGUCAUUGUUGAUAGUGUGGUGAGAGACAAGGACUUUGCUAAUGAAGUGUCAGAUGAGGAAGUAUUAGAGGAUGAUUUGAUGGGUUCUCAAGGAAAAUCAAGAAUCAUUCAAGUGUCUGCUGCCCCACUUACUGUUAUAAGUAUUGACCAGAAGGCAUUCCAAGAACAAAUACAUGACAAUAGUCCAGUGCCUCCUCUAACAGGAAGCUACAAAACACCAACAUCUGUUGAAGAUCGACCACCAACACCUGGAAAGUCUGGGUACAGACAAGCAAUGCCGUUCUCUUCUAUUGAAGACAGACCACCAACUCCUGGCCGGUCAGGAUACAAUCAUCAGAAAAACACAACUGCUGAUAGUCAGACAACCCCUUGUCAGUCAAUCCAUAAUCGCCCCAAAACUCCCCUUCGAAGGCAAAAUUUGCAGAUGGAGAUCAAAGCAGGCAUGCAACAUGCGAGCCCUCUAGUGGCCAGUAAACGGUAUCGUGAAUUAACCAUGAAGGGAGUUCCAUUGCGGGUGUCAGUUAUAUCAGCAGAUGACGAGGAGAAGUGUACCAAGGAAACAAACGUCGAUGAAGAAGACCAAGAGAAAUUAAAGCAGAGAAAUGAAGAACUGAUUGAUAACCAAACAGAUGAUCAAAAACUAUUUGAUCAUUUAGAAUCAAAUGGUUUCUUUCAUUUGCCACCAAAGAAAAUUAGAGAAAAAACGCUCUCUGGUGGCAUCUUUCCAACAGCUCAUAUGUCUCGAAGAGAUCAACAUAUGAAGAAAAGACGAGGUAGAUCUCGUCCUAAUAGACUCGCUUUGGAUGAGAUUAUCCGUGAACUUCCUGAGGAUAAGAGUCCUUCACCAAGACUCCUCUCACCAACUACAAACAUUUUAUCUAAGGACUCUUUCAACAGCCAUUCUGGUAGUGAGGCAAUGCUUAACCAACCAUCCUCUAUGGAUGAAUCUGAAAGUGUCCACUUGAAUCCUGCCCACCACAUGUCACCAAUGGCUAACAAGCAAUCAGUUGUGGUUGAUGCAGAACUAUACAUAGAUCGUGUAUACUCUCAAACACAAAGCAUUGAUCCCAAACCUCGACAAGUACCCAUGAUGGACCCGGACUUUGAUGUGCCAAUUAGCCCUGAAAACCAGGGCCAUUCAUCUGUCUCCUAUUUACCUGUGAGUCAAGAGUCACAUCCAGAUGGCUCAUUUACUCGUGAGGAGUUGGAGGAGGAUGAUGAGGAGGAGGUUGCACUGCUGAGUGGAAUGGAUGAUAAACACAUCCUCAGUUGCCACAAACUUACCUCUGACAUGCAUUUGCUCUCCUUCAAUGACCUCCUGCCAGCCAGAAAGGAAAAUUUUGAGAUCCUCAAGGCCAAGCUACAUGAGUGUGGGCAGCUGGGAAGUAUUGGGUUCCAACUCCUUGAGGUCAUACAUAAGUGCUGGCUGAAUGAAUUACCUCCCUCUUCCUCUGACCUCGUCACACAGCUACUAGACCCAGUCACAGAGACAGAGCUAUGA